AUGAAAACACUUUAAAGACACAAAGGUUUCUCACAAUAAUGAUCACUUACAACUUAUUAUUUAAUCUAACACUGAUAUUUUUCUGUCCAAUCAUUUUUAACUCCAAGAAUCUUGUCAAAAUAAGAAAUGAUCCUGCUGGGUGUGUAAAAACAAAGGAACUAUUUUUGCUAACCAGUGCUUGUAUAAAUGGGGUUUAAACUUGUAGUGCUGGUGUAAAUUUGAGGUGAAAACUAAGGUAAACUGGGUGAUAAGAUCGCAUUUAACAGUUUCAGUUACACAGUCUUAAUUUCUGCAACUAAUUCAAGAAACUAACUUCAUUUAAAGCUACAAAUAUCAGAGUUUAAUUCAACAGAUCCCCAUAACUUUUAUAAGUUAUUUUUUAUAAGUAAUAAUUGUAAACAGAUAUCGGUUUACAGUGCUUUGUGUUUUGGGAUGUGAACCAGAAAGGCAACUGUUAUCUUCUUAAUUUUUUAAGAACUGUCCACUGUAUUUGUGGAAACCUUUACAAAAGUGUCUGAGUAUUUAUUACUCACUAUUACUCUGGAAUAAAUACCAUGAAAAAAAAUCAUGUGGUCAGAAUGUUUUAACAUAAACAUAAAUAUUACAUUACAAAUCAGGUAAAUGAAGCCAGUUUUGUGUUAUUUGGCUUUAUGUAGGUUGUUGCCAUUUUUUCCACUAUGCAGUUUGUAUUUUUGUCUCAUAAUGACAUGGUGCUCGCUUUGUCCAAAACCUCCAUCCAGUAAAAUGGCCCUAAUGCUCCACCCACACAGAGUUACGUGAAUGUUCUCUGCACUUGAAUGUAGGACCUCUUACCCUCCUCACAUCUAACAACCAAAAGACUUCACUUACCAGGUGAGCUGUGUAAAGCUGAGGUGUAAACACACAGACCAUGUCCAGACUGACCGCAGCAUGUUUUGUGUUGGUUCUAGUCGGGUGCAUCAGGGCACAGUUAAGCCACUCCACAGAGUGGGAGAUUGUCCGAAAAACCCGGAGCAAGCGCAUCUCCUGUAAUGUGGACGACGCCUUUUCUCUGAGCUCAUAUGCUCUUCACUGGUACAGACAGAGACCUGGAGAAGGUCUGCGCCGCAUUCUGUACUUUGGAGCAGGCAGUUCAACACCCACUGCUGAAGCUGAUUUUUCUAGCAGGUUUAAUGGAGCCAAAAAAGAGCAAACGACUUCUCUGACCAUUACUAACGCGAGAGAUGAGGACACGGCCACGUAUUACUGUGCCCUGUGGAAGGAUGGCACUGUUACUCAGAGACUGAGAACAUCUGCACAAAUACCAAGGUUUCCUGAUACUGCUUAUUUACAACCACAAACCGUGUGGCAGAAAUCUGUUUAUGCUCUUCUCUUCACUCUGACUGCAGUGGUUUCAGGGCUAAGACUGGAGCAGAAUGAUUUUCUACUGACGAGGCAAGAACGUAAAAGUGUGUAUAUUCACUGCAAAGUGACUGGCCUAAGCAGCUCUUACGUCCACUGGUACCAAAAGACAGACGAUGAAGCUUUAAGAAGAAUCCUUUAUAUCAGCAGCAGUGGUCAGUCAGCUGUUCGAGACACCGGCCAUCCUGAUAGUAAAGACUUUGAUGUAAAGAAAGAUCCCACAGAUCCUAAUGUUUACAACCUGAAGAUAGAGAGUCUGAAGAAAAGGCACACUGGGGUUUAUUACUGCGCUGCCUGGGACAGCAGCCACAGUGACAGUAAUUACACAACAUGUUGGUGUGUGCACUCUACUCCCCCAUCUGAAGUCGAUGACCAUCUCCUUGGUCUUGCUAACAUUGAGGGAGAGGUUGUUAGUAGUGCUCCACUCUGUGAGCAUCCUCACUUCCUCCCUGUACAGCCUCUCAUCAUCGUUGGUGAUUCUGCCGAUUAUUGUGAUGUCGUCGGCAAACUUGAUGAGGCUGUUUAUGCUCUUCUCUUCACUCUGACUGCAGUGGUUUCAGGGCUAAGACUGGAGCAGAAUGAUUUUCUACUGACGAGGCAAGAACGUAAAAGUGUGUAUAUUCACUGCAAAGUGACUGACCUAACCACCACUUACGUCCACUGGUACCAAAAGACAGACGAUGAAGCUUUAAGAAGGAUCCUUUACAUCAGCAGCAGUGGUCAGCUUGUUCCAGACACCGGCCAUCCUAAUCAUAAAGACUUUAUUGUAAAGAAAGAUCCCACAGAUCCUAAUGUUUACAACCUGAGGAUAGAGAGUCUGAAGAAAAGGCACACUGGGGUUUAUUACUGCGCUGCCUGGGGUGGCAGCCACAGUGACACUUCAGAAAGACUGGAGUCUUCGUCUGAUCAUUUUGUUUUUGUACUUGAAGUAAACACUGUGGGAGUGAAAGUCUUCAGCUCAGGAACAAGACUCUAUGUUACAGACAGUCAAAAAAGGGCUCCUGAAACUUCAGUGUACUCAGCCUCCAGUCAAAAAGAAAAUGGCAAAGAUUUGCUGCUGUGCCAGGCUAAUAAGAUGUUCCCAGACAUAGUUAAGUUUACCUGGGAGGUGCAAGAUCAAAACGGGGUAAAAAAGGAGCUGUCAAAUGAAGAAGAAGUUCUGGAGCAGAGAGAUGAGACCGACGGAGUCCAAAUAACCAGCAUGGUCAUCGUAGACAAAAACAAAGUGAAGAACAAUCAAUUCACCUGCCGUGUACAACAUGACGACAAACCUAAAGAUUUGAUCAUUCCUAAAGACAAAACGCCAGCGAUCCAGACGCCUAAUUCAAAAACCUGUCCAACCCAAGGACCUCAGAAGGAGAUUCAACAACUCCCAGAGAAACCUCUUAUUACUGGUUCGUCUGAGCUCAGUCGCAGUCUGUAUCUGUUCAGUGUAUCGUAUGUGAUGCUGCUGCUGAAGAACCUGCUAUAUUUCUGCACCAUCUCUGUCUUACUGUACAAGAGAAGAUCUGCAGACAAGAAAACGCCUUAGAAAUAAACUCACUGA